AUGAGACUUCCUCCGUUGAGCAUUCUUGUGGCGUCUUGGUUGGUGACAGAUUCUUCUGUCUCUGCCUUUGUGGUUCCUCAGAGCAGACACUCGGUCGACACUUCUGUGUUUGCUUCCGUGGUGGAUACCCCUCUUCGCUCUGUCAAUAUUCCUUCGUCGGGCGAUGGUGACAACUUGGAUCUUUCUUCUGUCGAGUUUCCGCCUCCUCUGAGUCAAAUAGACCGGUUCAAGCGGGCUGCUACGUUCUGGUCCACGGCUGUCCCCAUUGUGGCUAACUACUAUGGAAUCAUUGGAAAGACCAAAAUGCGAGAACUGAUGGGGCAGGAAUUGGAUGAUGAAGAAAUUGAGAAAAUUUGGAUUGCUCAACACGAAGAUGGGGCUCAAAAGUUGGCCGAAACCAUUACCGAUCUCAAAGGAUUUUAUGUCAAGACAGCACAGAUCAUUUCGGCAAGACAAGAUCUAUUCCCCAAACAAUACAUUGAUGCCCUUAGUGGUUUUGCCGACAAUCUAGAUCCCAUGCCAACUGCCUUGGCCCGUGCCGUCAUUGCCAAAGAGCUUUUGAUGCCCGGAGAAAAGUUUGAAGAUGUCUUUUCGGAAUUCGAUGAGGCUCCACUGGGAGCUGCUUCUGUUGCCCAGGUUCAUCGGGCCGUACUCACAGAGAAAUAUGGAGGUCCCCGCGAGGUGGCUGUCAAAAUCCAGCGACCAUCCAUCGAAUCUAAGCUCAUGGCUGAUAUUGCCAACCUCAAAGUCAUUGCCAAGCAGUUUCAGGACCUAGAAGCGCUACCUCUCGAUUAUUACACGGUUUUUGCAGAGCUGGAAAAGCAAUUGUCACAGGAAUUUGAUUUUGUAACGGAAGCAACCAACAUGGAACGAAUCUACAAUUCUCUCAUUCGUUCCAUGGAUGGAUCCACUCGAACUGAACUACCUCUCGUAAUGCCGCGAGUAGUGACAGGGUUGGUCAGCAAACGAGUUCUAGUCAUGGAUUACUUGCACGGCGUUCCUCUUUCAAGAGCCAGAGAGGAAAUGGAAAAGAACGGCAUAGAUCCAGAAAGUCCGGAAGCUAAACUGUUUGGCAGAAAACUCUUGACGGCAUUGACAGAAGUGUUUGGUAGAAAUAUUCUGGAAACUGGAUUCUUUCACGCGGAUCCGCAUCCGGGAAAUAUUUUUGUGCUAAGAGAUGGCAGUAUUGGUCUGAUUGACUUUGGUCAAGUCAAGCAGAUUUCAGGUCGAAACAGAGAGACUCUGUGCAAAGUCAUGAUCGCCUUGGAUGAGCGUGAAGGUGAUGACAGGCCGGAGGAUCUUGAGCGAAUUGGGUCGCUGGCGUUAGAACUGGGAGUGGAACUGAACGAUGACGCCCAACCAGAAGCUGCAGCUGCCGUUGGAAUGUGGCUAUUCGACGGAACUAUCGAGCAGUUGCCUGGAGGUUAUGAUUCUGGCGAACUCAGUCCUAACUCGCCCGUAAGAGAGUUGAAAUCCUUUCCACAAGAUCUUGUCUUGGCAGGCAGAAGUACUAUAUUGAUUAAGGGUUUGUCGUCGAGGUUGGGGAUCCCUUGGAACUUGGCUUCAGAAUGGGCUCCAAUCGCCAGAAAUGUUCUCGACGGCGGCGCCAAAGCACGAAGUCCCAGUGGAGAUGUUGAUCGUGUCAGAUUUCGAGAGGUGUGGUCUACACUGAAGAUGUGGGGAUCUGGGCGGACUAAGGCUGUGGUCAAGAUGCUCCCUGAUUCGGCUCGGUCUCGGUUAGCCGGUAUGGUUUUGAAAGUCCAGGAACUGCGUUCUCGCCGUAAAGUUACGAAGAAGCCAUGA